UGGACAUGGGACCUGCUUCAAACGGUUUUCAUUUCGUAAUGAGUAAGAAGGGUUAGCUGCGUCAUUACUCACAGCCCUUCAUACUCAUCGCCAGUCAGCUCACGUACGUAUCGAUUUGUCGUAUUCCAAUAAAAAGGCCCUCGGAGACAGUGCCCCAGAAGAAUAAAGCCUGAGACACUGCAAUUAACCAUGUCCAUCGUUCGUCGUCUUCUUCCCAGUUUGACCAAUGUAUUUGAACAUAACCCCCACGGCAUUACCUCCCGUUUUCGACCCGGUUCAGCCCAAAGUGCUCUUGCGCCUAUUGGCAUCUCUGACGACGUUUUUAAUCCACUAGCGGCACUGGCGAAUAUCCGUGCACCUGUGCCUGCUGUUGAUGUGAAAGAGCGUCCGGAUGCGUAUAUCAUCGAGGCAGAAGUACCCGGCUUACCAAGGAGCAACAUUGACUUGGAGGUCGUCGACGACCACACUCUUGCACUUGAGGGACGAUUUGAAGAUGUGCGUGAAGUAAGCCCGCCCAAUAUUGAAGCUGCGGACACGGCCGGAACAUCAGACAAGACGGAUCUUGCGCAAGCUGACACAAGCACCAACAUCGCUCCUGCCAACGAGAAGGUGUGGAGCCGAGAAAGGGUGAUUGGGAGCUUCAGAAGGCUGUUCACUUUCCCAGACAAAAUUGACGCUGAAAAGAUUUCGGCGAAACUCAAAGACGGCGUGCUGCAGGUGGAGAUCCCCAAGGAGGAAACCCAAGGGCGGAAAGUACGCAUCGCUGAAUAGUUACAGCAACGGUGUAACACCAGAUGGCAUUCUUGCUUCUAUAGCCCUCAGUUGCGCGGGCUGUUCUGGAAAUACAUACUAUCUUUGCGAUGACAUAGUACGGGAUUCCAACCUUUAAAUCAAGAGUCAUAUGGGCCAGAAAUAAGCAUGUAUUUAAUUCUGACUUAGACAUGACUACACACAAUUGCCUUCUCCG